CGCCCACUUCUCUCGAUCAUCUCCAAGGAUUUAGGCCGCUGCUACUGCCGAGUCACAUGAUCUUCCCGAAGCCUAGUGCGGCUCUUCUGGAGAUUGUUCUCAGAAGCUGGCGAACGAUAGCGGUGGCGGUGGUUGAUUUGUAUUGACGCAAAGGAACACUGAGAAGUGACGCAAUGUCCGCACAGGGACCACCAGCAGCUCAACACAACGGUUCAGCUCAGCCGCAGCCUCCUCCUGGAUACAGGCAUUAUCCAUCAACUUACAAUGCUCCUCCUGAAUUUUAUUCCCAAGUGCCGAAUAAAUUUACUCCUUUAUAUACAAACGGUCAAUAUGGGGCAGAUUACUAUUCUACAGGCUAUGCAGCACCAAACCAAAACACUAUUCCACAUGUGCAGUCGAGUGGAGCAAACACAAAUCAAGUACCUACCCCAUUCUACCAUAAUCCUCCUCCACACCCUCCUCAUGCCCAUCCUGGAUUUACGCAGCCAUAUCCUGUGUAUGACUAUAGUUCUACUGCGUAUCCUGCCAAUCAAUCUUGUGAUCCUGUGGGAUUAUCCACUCAUAAUGGGCAGUUCUCUGCAUCUUCUGUAUCAAGUCCUAGGUAUACAGGAACAUCUUACUCUUCACAGGCAACCAGCAAUACCUAUGGACAAGUACUAAAUGCUCACAGCUUUUCAGCUGCCACUCAGGUUACUAACAAUACACAGAAACUGCAGAUGGCUGGUGAUUCCUUACAACGUAAUCAUGGCUCUCACAGUCAUGAUGCACCCCUCAGCCUACUUUCGUUCUGCCACAUCUCUUGUUGGAAAUCGGUCUACUGGCAAAACAGUUCCCCUGGACCUCCCCCUGUGACAGCUCAGGCACACUCACCCCAACCAGCAAUUCAGGAAGGCAUGCGGUAUGCUGGAUAUGUAAAUAAUCAGGCUAACUCUACACCAACUCCCUUGUCAUCCAGCUCAGAUGAUGAGGAAGAGGAGGAGGAUGAUGAGGAAGCAGGCAUCGAGAGUUCCUCCACGACCAGCAGUGAAACUCCAGAGCCCCAAAAUUAUGAUGUGCUGGAAGGAGGAGGUUAUACAGAUAUACCUUCUACAGCAAGUAAUCCUGCUCCUAUAAAUGCUGUUUCUCAAACCUCCAAGUCUACAAAACCAUCUGGCUACAGAUAUUCGGCUCCUCAGCCAGGAUAUCAGAAUGCUGCACCACCCCACAGCUCCCAGAACAGUACGCCUGUACAUGGGCCUAGUAGUUUUCAACAGCAUAACUCGCAUUACAGUGGAGUGAACCAACUGUCUACAGCCCUAGGAGGAUUAGGCUUUCAGCAAGCUCAGUUGCCAGAAGGACUGCGGCCUGUAAACCUCAUUCAAGAUCGGAAUGUCCUUCCUGUUUCUGUUUUGCCAGCUCCGGCCCCCAACUUGAAUUCUGAUCUUAAAAAAGUGAACUGCAAUCCACACUCAUUUCGAUGUACGCUUACAAAUAUUCCACAAACUCAAGCUCUGUUAAACAAAGCCAAACUUCCUUUAGGAUUGCUCUUACAUCCUUUCAGGAACAAACCACACAUUCCUGUGAUUUCUUCCAGCACAAUCGUAAGAUGCAGGUCAUGCAGAACGUAUAUAAAUCCUUUUGUGUCCUUUAUUGACCAUAGGAGGUGGAAAUGUAACCUCUGUUACAGAGUAAAUGAUGUACCAGAAGAAUUUAUGUACAACCCAGUGACAAGAUCGUAUGGGGAACCCCACAAGAGACCAGAAAUACAGAAUUCAUCAGUGGAGUUUGUUGCAUCGUCAGAUUAUAUGCUGCGGCCACCUCCACCUGCAGUAUAUCUCUUUGUUCUAGAUGUAUCCUACAAUGCUGUUGAAUCUGGAUAUUUAAACAUUUUCUCCCAGUCUCUUUUGGAAAAUUUAGAGAAGUUACGUGGAGACUCAAGAACAAGAAUAGGCUUCAUCACUUUUGACAGCACGGUUCAUUUUUACAGUUUACAAGAAGGCCUUUGUCAACCCAAAAUGCUAAUUGUUUCAGACAUAGAUGACAUUUUCCUACCUACACCUGAUGGCUUACUUGUAAAUCUGCAUGAAAGGAUGGAGCUUAUCAAAGAUCUAUUAACAGCUCUGCCAAGUAUGUUUACCACCACAAGAGAAACCCUUAGUGCUCUUGGUCCUGCUCUUCAGGGAGCUUUCAAAUUAAUAUCACCAACAGGUGGAAGGAUUUCAGUAUUUCAAACACAGCUACCAUCUGUGGGGGCAGGACUUUUACAGUCUAGAGAAGAUCCAAAUCAAAGGUCAAGCACCAAGGGUAUUCAACAUCUUGGGCCUGCUACUGAUUUUUAUAAGAAACUGGCACUGGACUGCUCAGGACAGCAAACUGCAGUGGACUUGUUUCUCUUAAGUUCUCAGUAUUCAGAUCUGGCCUCACUUGCAUGUAUGUCCAAGUAUUCUGCGGGGUGCAUAUAUUAUUACCCAUCAUUCCAUCACAAACAUAAUCCAGCUGAAGCGGACAAGUUGAAGGGAGACCUUGAUCAUUACCUCACUAGAAAGAUUGGGUUUGAAGCAGUAAUGAGAAUAAGGUGCACAAAAGGGCUUUCGAUACAUACUUUUCAUGGAAAUUUUUUUGUUCGCACAACUGAUCUGCUGUCUCUUGCCAACAUUGAUGAAGAUGCUGGAUUUGCAGUACAAAUGUCCAUUGAAGAAAGUUUAACGGACACCUCCCUGGCAUGUUUUCAGAUUGCUCUCCUUUACACUUCUAGCAAAGGGCAGCGCAGAAUUCGAGUGCACACGCUGUGUUUGCCUGUGGUGACUUCAUUGUCUGAUGUGUUUGCGGGAGCAGAUGUGCAAGCAAUCACUUGCCUUUUGGCAAAUAUGGCUGUGGAUCGGUCCAUCUCAUCCAGCCUUUCAGAUGCAAGAGAUGCUUUAGUGAAUGCAGUGAUCGACUCGUUCUCAUCCUACAGCUCAACACUUUCAAAUUUACAGCAAUCAACCUUAAUAGCACCAAACUCAUUGAAGCUAUUUCCCCUAUACAUCCUGGCUCUCCUGAAACAAAAAGCCUUCAGGACUGGCACCAGUACGCGCCUGGAUGAUCGAGUAUUUGCUAUGUGCCAGAUGAAAUCGCAGCCUCUUGUUAACUUAAUGAAAAUGAUUCACCCUAACCUCUACAGAGUAGACAGGAUUACUGAUGAGGGUGCUAUUCUUGUUUAUGACACUGUUGUGCCUCAGCCACCUCUUCAGUCCCUUUCUGCCGAAAAGCUGACAAGAGAUGGCGCUUUCCUUAUGGAUUCUGGAUCGUCUCUUUAUCUUUGGGUUGGACGAAAUUGUGAUACAAACUUUUUGAGGGAUGUUCUAGGCUUCCAAAACUAUGCAUCAAUACCACAGAAAAUGAACAGCCUUCCUGAGUUAGACACUCUGGCGUCAGAGAGAGUAAGAAAUUUUAUUUCAUGGGUCACAGAAACUAAUCCAUUAAACCCUGUUCUCCAUGUAAUAAAAGAUGACAGUGCCGCUAAGACAGACUUUUUCCAGCAUUUAAUCGAAGAUCGAACAGAGGCUGCAUUUUCCUAUUAUGAGUUCCUGCUUCACAUUCAGCAACAAGUUUGCAAAUGAAAAGGAAAUCUGGACUUUUUUCUUUUUAAACACAUCUGUUAAUGAAACAGAUUUAUGUGCGAUCUCCUAAAGUGCUCCAAUACGAAUAUACUAAGCAACAUGCACCGAGAGUAUUUUUAUACAAAAUUAUAUCAAUCUUUUAAGUAUAAAUCAGAUAUAACAACACUGUACAGUUUAUAUCCUAGACAUAUUUAUCUGUUUACAGUAGUGUGGCAUUAUGGUGCUGUGGUUAUUUUACGUAGUGGGAAAGUUGAGGUUUUUCCCUGUUGGAAAAAAUAAAUAAAUGAAUAACUAGCUAAAGCCUUUUCUUAAUGUUGUUAAAAUUCUUCUGGAUAUGAAGAGAAUCCAAAUGACAAGGGAACCUUUAAAUACUUUUAGAUUUUUUUGAGACAUUUGACAUUCUCGACCUGGAAGAUUUUGCUUCUAUUGCUAGAAUUAAACUAUUUAAUGUACAUAGAAUUACAUUUAUAUUGCAAGUGUAAGUAAAUGUAAAAAUGUAUCUACAUAAAUUGCAAAACUUUGAAGCAAUGUUGUUGAAUGUAGAGAACAAAUUUAAUAUUUACUAAUGUCUAUGAAGCAAAGAAACAGACUUUUUUUUGUUACGAGAUUUAUGUGGAUUUAUUUAUCACUGGAAUAUCAAUUAAAAUAUUUUGCUUGA